UAUAAACGUUUGUCUUACGAUUGACGCAAAUAAUUAAAAAUAACAAAUGCAUUGUAUUUGUUUGUAUAUUCAAAUCAAUUUUGACAUUUACUUUAUGAUAGCUACCGUAAAUUUUGCUAGAAAUGAAUAAAAAUAGUAAACCGCAUACGAGCGACAAACUUCAGUUGAAAAAGGCUCCAAAGGCACCGAUUAGAUCCGUACUUGCGAAGAGGCUAACUGGAGCCGUAAAAGUUCUUCUCGAUGGAGAAGACGUCACGCCUGAACCAUUAAAUCCAGCUCUCAAUGAGGCAACAAAAGGCGGCACGGAAAUUGUCACGAGUAUUAGAAAGUUGGAUAAGAAUAAAAGCCUAACUGCUGAUGCGAAACUCUUUACUGAAUCCACAACGCGCUUUCACAGUGAACUACAUAAACAGCAAGUGUUCGCUGAUACGGUAUUUCGACAAAGCUACCACACGGCAAGUCUGGUCGAUAAUAUUGUUAUCGAGCCAGAAAGAAAGCUCACUUUAUCAACAGACAGCUCUUCAAAACAGGACGUAGCUAUAGACGUGGCUGCCGUUCAAACUGCGUUCGUGAAAAUGCCAUCUCACAUUAGCCUAUUGCUCAAAGAAACACCAACGUAUUUUCUUUUGGAAUUGCCUAGUAAAACUGUUGAUAAGGAUUCGGAAGAGGCGGCACAAGUUGAAAUAGAAAACAGCACAUACGAGUAUCUGACGGUAGGAAAAGGAAGGAAUCGAAAGGUGGUAAACGCCGAAGUGCAAACUGUACAAAUUUUAAAGAAAACUCGAACAACGGAAGCAGAGGAAGUCAAACGUAAACACAAUGAAGCGUUCGCGUCAGAGUGGGACAUGUAUGAUUCAUAUGGAGGUGCGCAACAAAAACUGAAGCAGCGAGAGGAUGACGAGAUUGCAGACUACACUAACAAAGAAGACGAAGAUGAGGAGUUAUCCAAAGAAGAUUUGGAUUUACUGAAACUUCUACGAAACGACUCAUUCCAGGAAGCUUUGUGCAUCACCGAACGAUUACUGGCUAAUAACAAUUUUAACGCGGAACAAAAACGUUUUAGGGGAUUGUCUGAUCCGGAUCCUCAUCGAAAGGACAUCGAGUACAAAUACGGUUUAAAGUUACUGUGGACAUUCGCCAACAAAGAAACUAGCGGCAAAUGCGUUUCGGCGUUAACUUGGAACGAAGACAACCCCGAUAUACUGGCGGUGGGUUACGGCAAAUUUUACUAUGAGGAUCGGGCGAAUGGAAUGGUGCUCUUGUGGAACAUCAAGAAUCCGGUGCAGCCGGAAAGGAAUUACAAAUUUGAACAUCCAGUUACCGCUUUGCAUUUUUCGAAGAAGAACCCAAAUUUAUUGGGGAUCGGUUUCUACGACGGUGCAGUGAAAAUCUUGGACGUCAGUUGUAGGAAUAUUCGCAUAAUUGGACGUAGUGGCAAAGAUUCGCCGAUUUUUUCACCAGUCUGGCAAGUGAUUUGGUACCAAGGUAGUGAUUACUUCAGAGGUACCGAACAGAUCAUCACCUCGAGUCAGGAUGGACGGAUCAGUUUCUAUCGAACCCAAGAUAACAAUGAUUUAAUAUACGAAGAAAUUAUGCGAGUUUCUCGGCCUGAAGGUAAACUAAAAGGCAUUGAAACUUUGAAACGGUGUCACGUUUCUGGUAUCCCUGUCAAAAGGCACGCGGCAGCACUGGUCUUUCGCCAACAUCCAGCCAAUGGAAGUAUUUACUACAUCGGCACAAACGAGGGAACAAUUCACAAAUGCUCGAGGAACCAUUACCAUCAGCACCUGGACUUAUUUCUGGCUCACGAAGGACCAAUGUAUGAACUGAAAUUUUCUCCGUUUUGCAACAAAUUGUUCAUGACGUGCGGUGAUGAUUGGCAUGUGAGAAUUUGGGCUGACGGUAUAUCUGAGCCCCUGUUCGAACUUAAUAAGGACUUCCAGUCGAUACAAAGCGCCGAUUGGAGCCCAACUCAUUCGACGAUCAUUGCAAAUGUGUGUGGAAGCAACAUUUACAUUUGGGACAUCCAACGUAAAAUAUAUCAUCCGCAAUCAAUUACUCCAUCGCCUACGCGAUGCAGGAAUACGGUGAUUAAGUUUACUAAAAGUGGUCGAUGUAUCUCAGUCGGAGAUAUUGAAGGCAACGUGCAUAUUUUUUCUUUAGAAGAUAUGCCCUUUCCGGCAUAUUUUGAGGAUGAUUUGCUCUACAACUCUAUUCUUCGCUGUCUUAUUACCAGACCUGAUUUAAUAAAGAAAAUACAAAAAUCUGGAAAAUUAAAGUUCAACAAAUCGGACUUUGAAAAACACUUCUAA